CAUCUGUUGCUAUCUUCAUUAUCGUCACUGUAAACAGUGUUAAUAUAUAGUUCAUUCCAAACACUUAUCUUGUGAAAUUAUUUGAGUAUCCGUUACUGAUGAGAAUUUUUUCUUAUUUUCUAUUUACUUUUUAUUUUAUGCUCCAUUCGUACUGCAUAGUGUUUUGUACCAAGUGCCUACCUAUUGGUUGCGAACCCUUUGUCGUCUUUUGAUUAGUUUCUGUUCUCAGAAGUGCUACAAGGGGUACCGUUAUGCGUUCUCACAGUAUCUAUAUCCUCUAUAGCGUUAAACUAUCCAUUAUUUAACUGCUUAUCAAUAAAAAAUUUAAAUUUAAUUAAAAAUAUUGCUACCUUUUUGUGGGCCAUAUCAUCCGCAUCUCUUAAUUAUUAAAAAAUGGGCAAAACAAAAAAAGAACAUCCAGAGAAAAGGGGCAGGAAAAGAAAGAAGGAUGAUUUUGAUGAAAACUCAAUGGGUUUAGAUGAUCCUGUUUUAUUAGCAGUAAACGAAGAAGAGGGUUUACCAAGUGCAGCAAAAAAGACUGCAGAGACUACAACAAAUUGUGUUGAAGAUGAUUUUGGUGCUAAAGAUUAUAGAUCACAAAUGAAUCUGAAAACAGAUCAUGCAUCUCGACCAUUAUGGGUAGCACCUGAUGGACAUAUAUUUCUUGAAUCAUAUUCUCCUGUAUACCGACAUGCUCAUGACUUUAUGAUUGCCAUUGCUGAACCUGUUUGUAGACCAACUCAUUUACAUGAAUAUAAAUUAACUGCUUAUUCAUUGUAUGCAGCUGUCAGUGUUGGAUUGCAGACAAAUGAUAUUAUUGAAUAUUUGAAACGUUUGAGUAAAACUAGCAUACCUGAUGGUAUAAUAGAGUUUAUAAAUGUUUGCACACUUUCUUAUGGAAAAGUUAAACUAGUGCUUAAACAUAAUCGGUACUUUAUUGAAUCCCAACAUCCAGAUAUGUUACAGAAGCUUCUUAAAGAUCCAGUAAUUGGUUCUUGUCGUCUCAAGAGACUAGAAGAUACAGAUGUACUCAUCACUGAAGAAAAAAAAAUUGAAAUGUCACAUUUUCCUGGAGAAUCAUUAAAAGAUAAAGAAGAUCAGCUGAAUGAUAUUGUACCAAAAGAUAUAACAGAUUUAUAUGAAAAAAUUGAUAAGGUUGAAGAAGAAGAAGAAGAAAAAACACAAAAUCUAGUAUCAUUUGAAGUUCAACAAGAAAAAAUUGAAAUCAUCCAAAAGCGUUGUAUAGAAAUUGAUACACCUUUGCUAGUUGAAUAUGAUUUUAAAAAUGAUAAAGUUAAUAAAGAUAUUAACAUAGAUUUAAAACCUCAAGCUACACUUAGACCUUAUCAAGAAAAAAGUUUGAGGAAAAUGUUUGGUAAUAGUCGUGCAAGAUCAGGAAUUAUUGUAUUACCAUGUGGUGCUGGAAAAAGUUUAGUAGGAGUGACAGCAUGUUGUACUGUGCGUAAACGCGCAUUAGUCCUUUGCAAUUCAGCAGUAUCUGUUGAACAGUGGAAAUAUCAAUUUAAAAUGUGGUCAACAGCUGAUGAUAGUUUGGUGUGCAGAUUUACUUCUGAUAUUAAAGACAAAUUAAUGGGUUGUGGUGUGUUUAUAACUACUUAUUCAAUGAUAACACAUACUCAAAAAAGAUCAUGGGAAGCUGAACAGACUAUGAAGUGGAUUCAAGAGCAAGAGUGGGGAAUAAUGGUGUUAGAUGAAGUGCAUACUAUACCAGCUAAAAUGUUUCGACGUGUACUAACACUUGUUCAAUCACAUUGCAAAUUGGGCCUAACUGCUACAUUGUUAAGAGAAGAUGAUAAAAUUGCAGAUUUAAACUUUUUGAUUGGUCCUAAACUAUAUGAAGCUAACUGGUUGGAACUACAACAAAAAGGUUACAUUGCUAAAGUACAAUGUUCUGAAGUAUGGUGUCCAAUGGCUCCAGAAUUUUACCGUGAAUAUUUAGCUACUAGAACGUGUAAAAAAAUGCUUUUUUUUGUCAUGAAUCCAAAUAAAUUUCGUGCUUGUCAAUUUUUAAUACGAUAUCAUGAACAACGGGGAGACAAAACUAUCGUCUUUUCUGAUAAUGUUUUUGCCCUUAAAGAAUAUGCUUUAAAAUUAAGUAAACCUUAUAUUUAUGGACCAACAUCUCAGGCAGAAAGAAUCCAAAUCUUACAAAACUUUAAAUUAAAUCCAAAAGUCAAUACAAUAUUUGUCAGUAAAGUUGCUGAUACAUCAUUUGAUUUACCAGAUGCAAAUGUUCUUAUACAAAUUUCUUCUCAUGGUGGAAGUCGACGUCAAGAAGCUCAACGUCUUGGUCGUAUUUUACGUGCUAAAAAGACUGCAAUUGCUGAAGAGUACAAUGCAUUCUUUUAUACCUUAGUAUCACAAGAUACAAUAGAAAUGAGUUAUUCAAGAAAAAGACAACGAUUUUUGAUUGAUCAAGGAUAUAGUUACAAAGUGGUUACAAAAUUGGCUGGGUUAGAAGAGGAUUCAGAACUAUUUUAUUCUAGUAGAGAAGAUCAAGGUUUAUUAUUAAGUAAAGUCCUAGCAGCUAAUGAUACAGAUGCUGAUGAAGAACGAAUGCCAUAUGAGGGUACAUCCAAAUCUUUCAAGAAAAUGAGUGGUAAAAUGAGCUCAAUGUCUGGUGCUGAUGAUGCCGUUUAUGCAGAGUUUAGAAGAAAUUCUGGUGUAAAACAUCCAUUGUUCAAAAAAUUCAGAAAGUAAUAAUUUUUAUUUAAGCAUAAAUAACCCCAAAAAAAUAAUAUUAAUUUUAUUGUAUAUUUUGUAAU